CCCUUAACCACCACCACCUGGCGCAAACUUGGCGCCCAUUCAGGGCGUUUUGGUGACGUUGCGACCCUCAGCAGAUACCCUCCAGCUGUCAGUUUUGUCAGAUCUCUCGAUUUGUUGGCUCGGCUGUCGGCCUUUCUGGCGCUGCGUGGAACUUUUCCGCUUCCCAUGUCAAGCAGAGAUGAGCUGUGGCCUCCUAGGGACGUUCCACUGAACUUCGACUGCCGAGAAGCCUUCCCGAUACUCGGCCAAGUGCUCGACUGCCCUACACACCAGCAGAGGGCCACAUGCUGGGCCCACGCCACAGGGUGCGCCUACCUGUGCGCGGCUCAGCUGCAGCGACACUGUGCGCCAAGUGACCUUCCGGAGAUCAGACGUCAAUGCGAUCCAAACCGACUGGCUCCUCUCUGCGGUGACGCAGAGACGUGUCUCGGAAGCGGCUGUGACCCCGCGAUUGCGCUGGAGUGUCUCACCGGCAAGCCUCCAACUCGCAUUGGACAGGGCCUAUCAAAUCUGCAGCGGGUGCACGAGAUCUGUCGGUCAGCUGAGUGAUGCACGAUAUCAGUUGUCACACAGAAUGUCAUCUGACUGUCGCUUUCCCUCAUGUUCAGGUGGAUCUACGAGAAAGGCCCUGUCGUGUCUGCAAGUAAGCCUCAAUGGGCGAGCUCCUGUCAGCCUGUGAAGAUGCCCAUUCUGCUGUACUGCAGGCUUCGCAGUCCGGAAUGACUUCACUGGCGGCCGACGAGGACCGUACGACACGCAGCAGAGGCCCGGGCCCAAUCUAGGCCGACAUGCUCUCGUCAUCAUCGGGUGGAAGAAGACACCACACGGCGAAAUUCGUAAGUAAAGCAAGAGAGACGGGCACACCCUCGCAGAAGUACCAAGCAUUCCGCUGUCAUUUCAGGUGGCUGGUCAAGAACAGCUGGAGACACUCUCACCUGACAGAGGAGCUUUUCGGACGCCAAGACAUCGAUAGCGAGGUGCUGGGGAUAGACCUGAGCAACACUCCCGAGCGCGACUUCUUCCUGCCGAACAGCCCAGAUGAAUGGGCAUUGAUUCACGAUGCACUUGACGGACCGUGGCGUGAGAGCGGUGGGCCUCUGUCAUCGGCACACUUCUUCAAGUGCUUCAUGAACAGGCAGACAACACAGCUGCGCUUUGUCUUCCAGUGCCCGGGUUUGUUCUUCGCUCAGUUCACGAGUGGGAACAGGCAGGCAGGUCUUUACAAUGGAAGAGCGCAGUUGAGUAGAGCUUAUGUGGAGGCCAGGGGCCUGUCCUCUGUGGUUGAGGUUAAUGGGGCGGGGAAUCAGAUCAGAAGGAUGCCGGUGGUGCUGCGUCAGAAAGGAGAGCACGAGCUGAAGCUCUCGUUCGAACAGCCAGGCGGAGACUACCGGUCGUUCGUUUUUGAGCGAGUGAGGUCAGUGAGCGGGCAGCCUGUGCGUGUGCAUGAGCUUCAUGAGUGCGAGGAUGAGUGUUCUCUGCUGUCACCGAUGCUGUGUGAUUUUUCAGCUCUGCACUCAUCCAGCUGCUCUGCUGUGGGGGUGUUUGGGUGUGGGUGAGAGGUGUUUGCGUUUGUCGGCCAAUCGUGUGCCGACCCACCUUUCUGUUUAUUUCGGUGAUCGACUGCCGACUGACUUAUCGCAUGAGACCGUGUACAAUAGGUGUGCGUCAAAACCAUGGUUG